AUGGCACAGUUGUCUCUUAAGAUACCAACCAUGACCCAGAAUUGGCCAUCGUUUAAUCCUCACCAGAAGUCAGCCGCCGCAAUGCCGCCUAGUUUCAAUCCCAGUGCAGCUCAACAAUUUCAGCAACAGAACUCGCCGCCGCCGCAGCCGUCGUUACCGACGUUGGUGGAUGAGUUUCUUGACUUCUCGUCGGCACGGCGGGGGGCUCACGGGCGGUCUGCUAGCGAUUCCAUUGCUUCCCUCGAUGCGGCUUUCCUUGAGGAAUGUCGGAACCCAGUGACCGGAGCACAUCAUGGGUUUGAUAGGCUUGACGAUGACCAGCUCAUGUCCAUGUCCUCCAAUGACAUUGGCUCGGUUUCGUUGCCGCCGUCAUCUGCCACUGCAUCGGACCCGUCAACGCCUUCGGAUGAUCAGCAUAGCAAUAACGAGGAGAAGCCUAUGGUAAUUGACGACGUCGUUGUGCCGAGACAGACCUUCAAUUGCAGAAACAGCUCAAGAAUGAAACCGGGGGAGGAGGAGAGCGAAUGCAAGAAUGAGAGUGACACUCUGCCGGUGGUCGGCGGUGGCGGCGAACCACUCGUUGAUCCAAAAAGAGUUAAAAGAAUUUUGGCAAAUCGGCAGUCGGCUCAGAGAUCCAGGGUGAGAAAGCUGCAGUACAUUUCUGAUUUAGAAAGAAGCGUAUCAACUUUGCAGACGGAAGUGUCAGCAUUGUCGCCGAGGGUAGCAUUCUUGGACCACCAACGUCUGAUUCUGAACGUAGACAACAGUACCUUGAAGCAACGUAUUGCUGCUUUGGCUCAAGACAAGAUUUUCAAAGACGCUCACCACGAAGCAUUAAAGAAGGAAAUAGAAAGACUAAGACAAAUCUAUCAUCAUCAGCAGGAACAACAAUACAAAUGGCCACCUGCUUCACUCUCCUCCAUCACCACCUCCGGCGGCGGCGGCACCACUGCCAAAACAGCCACAACCACCACUAAUGCCACCGCAAUCUCAGCCCAUGGCAUGUUUGGACAAGGAACAGCUUGGUCGAGUUGCAGUAAAAGGGCCGAGUCACAGUUGCAGGAACUAAUGAGUGUGGGGCUAUUGUCAAGUAGCUCCCCGUUCUCAAAUGCCUCUAUUAGGGCUUUGUUUGCAGUAGCCAAGCCUUGGAAAUGCCUGCAAAAACACAAGGAAGAAGCACUAUAUAGUCCCAUGUUGGGUGGCAAUGUUGAUGAUUCAAGAUCUACGGCUGGCUUUGCCAUUUAUUUUGGUCCCAAUCUGGUAUCAUGGAGUUCAAAUAAGCAACCUACUAUUGCUCGGUCAAGUACUGAAGCAGAAUAUAAAACCAUUGCUACAGCGUCUAGUGAUUUGAUACGGCUUCAGCAAUUCCUUCAUGAAUUACAUAUUGUUCUCUGUGAUGCUACAUUUUUGCAUUGUGUAAUCUUGGUGCAACUUAUCUAG